AUGUUGAGGUCAGGUCGGGUGACACUGAUAGCUGCCAGAGGCAUUCCUGAAAUCCGCAGCGGUGUGGCUGUGCAGCUUUGUUGUCUUAGUUCCGUGAGUCUACAUGCAGCGAAGAUCUAUCUUUGGUGGGAUCCGGCCUUGGAAGUUAACUUUCUGCGAAAAUCCAAAGCCUUGGCAAAAGAUGUUCGCUUGCAGGUGAGGGAAGAAUCCAAAACCCCUGUUGACAUUGAGACUCAAGUCAAGCAGUUGGUCCAGCAGCAUGGUCGCCUGCAUGCGAAGACAUUGACGUUCAUGAACCACCAAGCCUUGGCUUACCGAGACAUGGACAAAAAUGAAGACGCAUUGGAAGUGUACCGAGAGGUGCACGACGGAUGCAAGCAGACGCUGGGGAUGCAGCACCCCUACACGCUUGCAAGCAUUUCCAAUCUGGCGAACAUACUCUUCGAAAUGGACCGACUGCAGGAGGCAAGGCCUCUGCUGGAGGAGGCACUCGAGAGGCAGUCGGAAAUGCUGGGCUCCAGGCAUCUGGACACAUUGCAAACUGCGCACAGCUUGGCACUCCUGUUGGAAGAGCAGGGGGAGUUUCACAAGGCACGGAAACUUUCCUGA